AUGGAGGGUGUGAAGACGCAGGUGGUGGUGGGCGCCUACGCCCUGGCUGCCUGGUUUUGUCUCUACCUGUUGAUAACAGUUGGGCUGAGAGUGUGGGCGCGGACCAGCAGCCUCUCUCACGCCCAUCGCGCCCACGUCACAGAGAGCUUUGUCUCGGGCGUACAAGGGAUGGCGUGUGCUCUUGUGGGCUUAAUGACAGUGUAUUCCUGCAGGCUUGACGUUAUGAAGGAGAAAUUCCCCCUUGCAGUCUAUUACUCUUCAGUUGGGACAGCCUACUUCAUAUAUGACUUCUGGGCCAUGUACAGGAGCCACGUCGCUGGAUUAGAUGUCGGGAGUGCUGUGAUGCCUAGUGUAGUGUCUUAUGUCAGGAAAGACCUGCUGAUGAUCAUCCAUCAUCUUACUAUCAUAGGGCUGUUCCUCCCUGCACUAGUCUACUAUUCUCCGAUGGGAGAUUUCUUCCUGGGGUGUUUUUAUUGUGCAGAACUUUCUACACCUUUCGUUAAUGCCAGAGUAAUACUUAGCCGGCUUGGUUACAAGGAUUCCAAGAUAUAUGUUGUCAAUGGCUUGCUAAUGAUGACAGUUUUUGCAAUUUGCCGAAUUGCUUUAUUCCCAAUAAUGUAUGGUAUAUACCUGAGCCAGCAGACAUCGGCACCAUCAUUCAUCCAUGCCUUACUGACCAUUCCAGUCACCUGUCAUCUGUCCUGCUUAUUGGUGCUAGCACCACAGGUUUACUGGCUUGGCGUAAUGGUUAAAGGUGCACUGGUUGUAAUGAGACCAGAUUCAACCAAGGCAGGUAAAGAUGAUUGAUAUAGACUCAGUAAUAGCAUAAGACUAGUUCUAGUCGCAGUGAUAUCUACAUCAAGAGAUUGUAAGAUCAAGUGUUUGAGCUCUAUAUUGUCUUGAAUUUCAGUAUUGGUUCUCCUGUUCAAUCAAUCGUGCUUAUAUUUGAUGUAGAAAACCCUUAAAUAUGAAAAAAUAAGGAUGUACUCAGGUUUAAAAUUGUAGCAAGUUUUAGAAUUUUGUAUACUGAAAUCUGUCAUAGAACUCAUAAAUGACCUGCCAUUGUGUGCUAAUAUAAACAACCAUACAUUUUUUAUUUCACAUUGAUAUUAUUGAAUUCUUUAUUUUAUUACUAAAAUUUUAAUAAAGAAAAUCGGAAGAGCAUAC